AUGCCAGCUAACCCCGGGCCUUUUUAUCAGGUGUUUUAUGCCUACACGUAUGGCACAGCAAUAUGGCUCGGAAUGCAAGCAAUCCUGUUGAUUCUUAUGCCCAAGUUGGCCAUCAUGAUGCUGGCAAACGACGGACAUCAGACUUCAGAAGUCGAAGUCUAUUUAGGCCGAUCGCUAGGCUUUGCUCUAGUUCUGAUUGCGGUGAUAACCAUGUUCUUUACGGGGACAAUCCCAUUGUCGUCGAGCAUAAGUGAGCCGGUCAGCUUGGAGGACAACGAUCCCAAGGCGCCCUACGCCAGACCGAUACUACAGGUAACGACUUUUUUUCACAGCCUUAGCACGGUAUAUUGCUACACGCGAUAUGUCAACUACGGACAAACGGCGUACAUGCUCGGAGCUCUGGGGUACGGGAUGAUGGCCAGCGUGGGACUGUGGAGCGUGAUGUUUGGGGGUACGGAGGCCAGGCGGUCGAAAAGGACAGGUGCAGAUAAGCGAACGUGGGGAUUUCCAUUCCAGAACACACAAGCUUAUGACAAGAGAAAGGAUAGGAAGAUGGGGUGA